CUGAAAGGUCGACGGAGCAGUCAACAACCUGCUGCAGGUACACCAGCCCAGUACAAUGUCUUCUGUGCGACCGUUCGGGACGUGAUUCUUCUUUCUUCCCUCUUUUCUCGACCUUUCUCGGGGAAGCCACUGGAAUAAUUGGCCAGAACCUGAUUAACUCCCAAGGAAAGUCCACGGAGCAUUAAGAAGCAGGAUCAACACUGAAUGUCGCUGAACAAGGUCCAUUCAUGUCUCAGCUGCUGCGCAGCCCUCCCGUGCUUCGUUCUAUUCCUGUUUCAUCAGCAUCCAUGCAAGACACGGCCAACAGUUAUCAGCUAUGGUUCCUUUUCACUGGAGGGCGAGUGGAGAGAGUUCUGUAGGGGGGGAUUUCCCAAUCGGGCAAUCCCAGCUCUGCUAGUGCUGCAUUGUCCGCCCCUUGCGUCCCGACUUUUUCCCUUUCUCUGCCAAACCACCCCCAAUAAAUGGAGAGACUCAGGGCUCGCGAUUGGCUGAAGACCCGCCAAUUUCAUCAAUCUGCCCACCAAUAUCGCCAUUUUGAGUUGCAUUGCAUUGCAUUGCGUUG